AUGCCGUUUAUGGUGAAGAAAAAACAAUAUCUAAGUUGUGAUAAAAUAACGAAAGCUCCUGAUACCCAUGAGUCACAUGAUCUGUUCUAUCCAAUGGAAUUCCUAAACUCAAUAAAUGGAAAUAAUUUUCCAGCUCAUGAACUGAAACUGAAAAGAGGAGUUCCAAUAAUGUUACUUCGUAAUCUAAAUCAAUCAAUUGGUUUGUGCAAUGGAACAAGAUUAAUAAUCACAGCUUUGGGAGCUAUGAUACUAGAGGCAAAGAUAAUGACGGGAACACAUACAGGUCGAUCAGUAUUGAUUCCUCGAAUUAGAUUAACACUAAAAAACACAAGAUUGCCAUUUGUGCUUGAACGACGACAAUUUCCAAUAAAAGUUUGCUAUGCUAUGACCAUCAACAAAAGCCAGGGACAGACACUGACAACUGUUGGAGUUUAUUUAAAAAAGCCUGUUUUCACACAUGGCCAAUUAUAUGUUGCUAUCUCAAGGGUUACUUCCAAAAAUGGACUAAAAAUACUUAUUGAGGAUGAUGAUGGAAACUGUACUGACACAACAAAGAAUAUUGUCUAUCCAGAGGUCAUCACUUCAAUUGAAGCAAGAAGCACAAACAAAUGA